AGAGAGAGAGAGACAGUGUUCUCAGAAAGAGGGAGAGAGCAGAACGCUUUGUUUACUUAUGCAGCCCACCGCGGCUAGCUCAGACAAGGUGUGAGUGUGUACGCAAAAACGCGCACGCGCGCUCACCCCUCAUUUUGGAGGGAAGGCAGAAGCUUUGCACUUUGCUCAGGAGAGAAGAAAGCAGAGUAUCCAGGUCUGUACAGGAGGAACGAGCGAAGGAGGUGAAGUACAGAGGAACAGUCCGUUCUUUCUUUGUCCCUUUUGAGCUCAUUUGAUCCUCCUCUGGGUUUUAUGCUGAAGAAAGGAAAUUAGAGAAGAGCAGAGUGUUUGUGGGUUGGUUUUUUUUCUUCUUUUCUUUUCGGAGACGGCGUGGCGCGGCGUGUUGCACUCGGGUGAAACUCCAGCGCGCGCUGCUACCUGUGGACGUGUCACGCGAACCUGCGCACCAUUUCUAAACUCUCUAAACCUGGACUUUUUAUUUGUUGGGAACUUAACUUGGAAAGUUUUUCAGUUGGCAGCUGGCUGGCCAAGUCCUAGCAUGUCCUGAACCCUCGCUGGCUUCUAACGGAUCUGGUUAUUCGUAUCGGGAGCAAGUUAGUUAGUGAGCGACUGCACGUGCGAAAGGAGGGAAAUAAUCGAGAAAGAGAGAUGGAUUACGGGCGGUUGGAGAGGGAGCCUUGUCUCUCUCCCGCUGCCUUCGUCAACCAGGUGCAAUAUUCGAACAUCCUGGAGGGCCGUUUCAAACAGCUGCAAGACGAGCGAGAGGCCGUACAGAAGAAGACCUUCACCAAGUGGGUGAACUCUCACCUGGGCCGCGUGACCUGCAGGAUCAGCGACCUGUACACGGACCUGCGGGAUGGACGCAUGCUCAUCCGACUGCUCGAGGUGCUCUCGUCCGAGCAACUGCCGAAGCCCACCAAAGGUCGCAUGAGGAUCCACUGUUUGGAGAAUGUGGAUAAAGCGCUGCAGUUCCUCAAAGAGCAGAAGGUCCACCUGGAGAACAUGGGGUCUCACGACAUCGUCGACGGCAACCACCGCCUCACACUCGGCCUCAUCUGGACCAUCAUCCUGCGCUUCCAGAUUCAGGACAUCAGCGUGGAGACGGAGGACAACAAGGAGAAGAAAUCUGCCAAAGACGCCUUACUGCUGUGGUGCCAGAUGAAGACGGCUGGGUACCCGAAUGUCAACGUGCACAACUUCACCACCAGCUGGAGAGACGGCCUGGCAUUCAACGCCAUCGUGCACAAACACAGGCCGGACCUGAUUGAGUUCGACACGCUGAAGCGCUCCAAUGCUCAUUAUAACCUGCAGAACGCCUUCAACAUCGCAGAGAAGGAGAUGGGGCUCACCAAACUGCUGGAUCCUGAGGAUGUGAACGUGGAUCAGCCGGACGAGAAGUCGAUCAUCACCUACGUGGCCACCUACUACCACUACUUCAGCAAGAUGAAGGCGCUCGCCGUGGAAGGCAAGCGAAUUGGCAAGGUGCUGGACUACGCAAUCGAGGCGGACCAGCUGAUCGAGAAGUACGAGACGUUGGCCUCGGAGCUGCUGCAGUGGAUCGAGCAGACCAUCGUUACACUCAAUGACCGGCAGCUCGCCAACUCCCUGAGCGCCGUACAGAACCAACUGCAGGCCUUCAACACCUACCGCACCGUGGAGAAACCCCCCAAAUUCACAGAGAAGGGGAAUUUGGAGGUUCUCCUGUUCACCAUCCAGAGCAAAAUGAGGGCCAACAACCAGAAAGUCUACAUGCCUCGAGAGGGAAAACUCAUUUCUGACAUCAACAAGGCGUGGGAGCGUCUGGAGAAGGCGGAGCACGAGCGUGAGCUGGCCCUGAGGAACGAGCUGAUUCGCCAGGAGAAGCUGGAGAUGUUGGCGGCGCGGUUCGACCGCAAAGCCGCCAUGAGGGAGACGUGGCUCAGCGAGAACCAGCGCCUCGUCUCGCAGGACAGCUUCGGUUUCGAUCUCGGCGCAGUGGAGGCGGCGACACGCAAGCACGAGGCCAUCGAGACGGAUAUCGGCGCGUACGGCGAGCGCGUGGCUGCCGUGGAAGCUGUGGCCCGCGAGCUUGACGCCGAGGGGUACCAUGACGUGCGGCGCAUCCUGGCGCGUCGCGACAACGUACUGCGCCUCUGGGAGUACCUGAAGGAGCUUCUCGCGGCCAGGCGCGAAAGGCUCACGGCACACCGGGACUUGCAGAGGCUCCUGCAGGAGAUGAGCUACAUUAUGGACUGGAUGGAAGACAUGAAGGGUCGUUUGCAGUCACAAGACAGCGGGAAACACCUUCAUGACGUGGAGGACUUGCUCCAGAAACACACUCUUGUGGAGGCAGACAUAUCGGCGCAGGCGGAGAGGAUCCGGGCGGUGCAGGCCGCAGCGAAUCGCUUCACCUCGGACGAAAUGACCUAUAAGCCGUGCGAGCCGGCGCUGGUGGAGGAGAAGGUGGCGCUCCUGGGCCAGGCAUACGAGGAGCUGGGCAGGCUGGCGGCCGAGCGCCGCGCACAGCUGGAGGACUCGCGGCGUCUCUGGCAGCUGCUGUGGGAGCUCGGCGAGGAGGCGGCUUGGAUGCGUGAGCAAGAACAGAUCAUGGCAACGGAGGAGUGCGGGAAGGACCUGUCGUCCGCCCUGAGACUCCUCUCCAAGCACGAGGCGUUCCGGGACGAGAUGGCCGCCCGCUACGGCCCGCUGGGGAGCAGCAUCGCCUCUGGAGAGCAGCUGGUGAAGGAGGGGCACUGCGGAGCACCAGAGAUCACGGAGAGGAUCAAAGACAUCAAAGCUCAGUGGGAGCGACUGGAGGAGGCAUCUCGUUUGCGAGAGCAGCGUCUGAAGGAGUCUGUAGCUUUGCACCAGUUCCAGACCGACGCCAACGAUAUGGAGGCAUGGCUCCAAGAGGCUCUCAGACAGGUAUCCAGUCAGGAGGUCGGCCACGACGAGUUCUCGACACAGACGUUGGCGCGGAAACAGAAGGAGGUCGAGGAGGAGAUCCAGAGCCAUCGCUCUCUUAUUGACUCGCUGCACGAGCAGGCUCAGUCACUGCCUUCAGAAUACGCUCACUCUCCACAGGUGGAGGGUCGUCUCCCUGCUAUAGAGCAGCGCUACGAGGAGUUGAAGGCUCUGUCCUUGGCACGGCGUGAUGCCCUGGAAGGGGCUCUGGCACUGUACCGGAUGUACAGCGAGGCCGACGCCUGCCAGCUGUGGAUCGGCGAGAAGGAGCAGUGGCUCCUGACCAUGGAGAUCCCCUCCAAACUCGAGGACCUAGAGGUGGUCCAGCAGAGGUUCGAGACUCUGGAGCCGGAGACGAAUAAUCUCGGCUCUCGCAUUGCCGACGUGAAUCAGGUCGCCGAACAGCUGCUCAAAUCCGACAGCCGCAACAAGGAACAAAUUAACCAGACUCAAGACCAACUCAACGACAGGUGGCGCGAGUUCCAGCGGCUGGCGGACGAUCGGAAGCAGGCUCUGGAAUCGGCUCUGAACAUCCAGAACUACCACUUGGAGUGUAACGAGCUCCAGAGCUGGAUGAAGGAGAAGACCAAAGUGAUCGAAUCCACUCAGGGUCUCGGCAACGACCUGGCCGGGGUCAUGGCCUUACAGCGCAAGCUCACGGGCAUGGAGAAAGACCUGGAGGCCAUACAGGGGAAGCUGGGCGGGCAGCGCGCCGAGGCCGAGCAACUGGUGUCCGAACACCCUGAACAGGCUGAGGAGAUCCGGGCGCGGCUGGCCGACAUGGAGGAAGUGUGGGAGGAGCUGUGCGGCACCAUGAAGAAGCGCGAGGAGGGUCUGGGCGAAGCCUCUAAGCUGCAGGGCUUCCUGCGCCACCUCGACGACUUCCAGGCCUGGCUCUCGCGCACACAGACCGCUGUGGCGUCUGAGGACACGCCCACCUCGCUCGCCGAGGCGGAGCAACUCCUGGCUCAGCAUGAUUCCAUCAAGAACGAGGUGGACAACUACCGCGACGACUACGAGAGGAUCAAGGCCACUGGCGCGGAGGUGACCCAGGGCCAGACGGACGCUCAGCACAUGUUCCUGGCGCAGCGGCUGCAGGCUCUGGACACGGGCUGGCAGGAUCUGCGUCGGAUGUGGGAGAGCAGACAGUGCCUGCUGGCCCAGGCCUUCGACUUCCAGACCUUCCUCAGAGACGCCAAGCAGGCCGAGAGCUUCCUCAAUAACCAGGAGUAUGUUCUGUCGCACACUGAGAUGCCAUCGAGCCUGCAGGGGGCACUGGAGGCCAUCAAGAAGCACGAGGACUUCCUCACCACCAUGGAGGCCAGCGAAGAAAAGAUCAACGGAGUGGUGGAGUCAGGGCGGCGCCUUGUUUCCGAUGGCAACGCCAAUGCCGACAAGAUCCAGGAGAAAGCCGACUCCAUCGAAGAGAGGCACCAGAAGAACAAACAGGCCGCUAACGAGCUGCUGGGUAAACUGAAGGAUAACAGAGAGCUACAGCACUUCCUCCAGGAUGGACAGGAGCUGACUCUGUGGAUUAAUGAGAAGAUGUUGACAGCUCAGGAUAUGACUUACGACGAGGCCAGGAACCUGCACAGCAAGUGGCAGAAACACCAAGCCUUCAUGGCCGAGCUGGCCUCCAACAAGGAUUGGCUGGACAAAAUCGAUAAGGAGGGUCAGGCUCUGGUGAAAGAGAAGCCUGAGCUGGAGGAGACGGUGUCCGAGACCCUGCGUGAGCUGCAGAAGCAGUGGGAAUUGUUGGAGACCACCACGCAGACCAAGGCACAGUGUCUGUUCGACGCCAACCGCGCCGAGCUCUUCACCCAGAGCUGCUCGGCUCUCGACACGUGGCUGCAGAACCUCUCCACACAGCUGCAGAGCGACGACUUCGGCAAGGACCUGACCAGCGUCAACAUCCUGCUCAAGAAACACCAGAUGGUGGAGCACCAGAUGGAUGUGCGGGAGAAGGAGGUGCAGUCUCUGCAGUCGCAGGCUCUGGCCCUGUCUCCGGAGGAUGCCGGGAUCGCGGAGGUGGACGGGCAGCAGAGGAGAGUGACGGACACCUUCGCUCAGCUCCAGGAGCCUCUCAAUCAGAGGCGACAACGCCUGCUCGCGUCUAAAGAGGCCCACCAGUUUAACAGAGACCUGGAGGAUGAGAUAUUGUGGGUGAAGGAGAGAAUGCCGCUGGCUACAUCCACAGAUCACGGCAAAGACCUUCCCAGCGUCCAGCUGCUCAUCAAAAAGAACCAGACCCUGCAGAAGGAGAUCCAGGGCCACCAGCCUCGCAUCGACGACCUGCAGGCCCACGGGGCGGCCCCCGGGGCGGAGGUGGGUGGGGAGCGGCGGGCGGCGCUGGACGAGCGUCUGAACGAGCUCGGGGAACUGUGGGCGCGGCUCAUCUCGGAGACGGAGCAGAGACACGCGCGCCUAGUGGAGGCCCAUCGCGCUCAGCAGUUCUACGCGGACGCUGCCGAGGCUGAGGCCUGGAUGGGAGAGCAGGAGCUGCACAUGAUGUCCGAAGAGAAGGCCAAGGAUGAGCAGAGCGCUUUGGUGAUGGUGAAGAAGCACCAGAUCCUCGAGCAGGCCCUGGAGGAUUACGCUCAGACCAUCCACCAGCUGGCCAACAGCAGCAGACUCAUGGUGGAUGGUGAACAUCCUGAGAGCGAGCGGAUUGCACUGAGGCAGGCUCAGGUGGACAAGCUGUACGCCGGACUGAAGGACCUGGCCGAGGAGAGGAGGGGGAAGCUGCAGGAGCGUCUGCGUCUCACGCAGCUGAAGCGAGAGGUGGACGAUCUGGAGCAGUGGAUCGCCGAGAGAGAGGUGGUCGCCGGCUCGCACGAGCUCGGCCAGGACUACGAGCACGUCACUAUGCUGCGGGAUCGUUUCCGGGAGUUUGCGCGGGACACGAGCGCGAUCGGACAGGAGCGCGUGGACGCCGUGAACGCCCAGGCGGACGCCUUGAUCGAGUCGGGCCACCCAGAGAACGCCAGCGUGGCCGAGUGGAAGGACGGCCUGAACGAGGCCUGGGCCGACCUGCUGGAGCUCAUGGACACGCGCACGCAGAUGCUAGCCGCGUCGUACGAGCUGCAGCGCUUCCAGCAGGACGCCCGCGAGGCGCUGGCGCGAGUCCGCAACAAGAGGGAGGCACUGAACUCGGCCGAGCUGGGCCGCGACCUCAACACCGUGCAGCACCUCCACCGGCAGCACACGGCCUACGAGCAUGACGUGCACGCACUAAGCGGACAGGUGACACAGGUACAGGACGACGCGGCGCGUCUGCAGAAAGCCUACGCCGGUGAGAAGGCGGACGACAUCCAUCGACACGAGCGCGCGGUCACCGAGGCGUGGGAGGGGCUCCUGGCCGCCACUCAAGCCAGACGGCUGCUGCUACUGGACACGGUGGAGAAGUUCCGCUUCUUCAGCAUGGUCCGAGAUCUGAUGCUGUGGAUGGACGGCAUUAACUUACAGAUCCAGUCUCACGACAGCCCCAGGGACGUGUCGUCGGCCGGGCUCGUCAUCGCGCACCACCAGGACAUUAAAGCAGAGAUCGAGGCCCGAUCAGGCAGCUUCAUCGCCUGCAACGACAUGGGACGCGCCCUCAUCGACAACAACCACUACGCUUCUGACGAGAUCCGUGAGAAACUGGUGCAGCUUCAAGAGAAGAGAGACGAAAUCAACCAGAAGUGGCAGGACAAAAUGGACCAUCUGCAGAUUGUCCUGGAGGUGCUGCAGUUCAGCAGGGACGCCUCGGUGGCUGAGUCGUGGUUGGCGGGUCAGGAGCCGCUGGUGCGCGCGGCCGAGCUUGGCUCCAAUGUGGACGAGGUGGAGAGCCUCAUCAAACGACACGAAGCCUUCGAGAAGCUCGCUGCUGGCUGGGAGGAACGUUUCACUCAGCUCGAGAAGCUCACCACGCUGGAGGAACAGGAGAUUCAGAGAAGGAAGGAAGAAGAGGAGAGAGCGCGGAGACCGCCGACGCCUCCCCCAGUAGAGGAUGUGGUACAGUCUGAGACGGAAUUCGAGUCCGGAGCGAGGACGAGUUUGGACCAGACCACCCUGAACCAGUCAGUGUCUGUUAACGGAGUCCACAGCGACCAGGACACGUCACAGUCCUUAAUGGUCUCAGUAUCUGAACUCCCGAACGCGGAACAUAAACCUGUUACGAAACCCGUGCCCAAACCCUACAAGGCACAGCAGCGUGGCUCGGAGGCGGACUCGGUGAACGGCCCCGGCCAGGACAGCGGGUUGGACACGGCGUCAAGGCACGAGCCGUCGGGCACGCUGCCCAUCCGAGUCGGGCCGGUCCUCGAGGCCAUGGAGGGAAUGCUGUGCAGGAAACAUGAAAUGGAGAGCCAGGGCAAGAAAGCAGCCAACAGAUCGUGGCAGAACGUGUACUGCUUGCUGAGGAAGGGAAGUCUGGGCUUCUAUAAGGACAACAAGAGCGCAUCUAACGGCAUCCCCUACCACGGAGAAGUUCCCAUCAGCCUCGGCGAGGCCACCUGCGAGAUCGCCCACGACUACAAGAAGAGAAAACACGUCUUCAAGCUGAGGCUGGGAGACGGAAAGGAGUUCCUGUUCCAAGCCAAGGACGAGGCUGAGAUGAGUUCCUGGAUACGGGCGAUCCACUCCUCCAUGCCGGCAAACGACGCUGAAGACCUGUCCCCGGCACCGCCCCUGACACGGGCCAUGACGAUGCCCCCAAUGUCCCCCAGCGAGGGCGAAGGCGUGACCAUGCGUAACAAAGAGGGCAAGGAGAAAGACCGAGAGAAACGCUUCAGCUUCUUCGGCAAGAAGAAGUAAAGAGUGGGGGGGCGGGGGGGAUUCCGUCGAAGCGUGAACUUGAACUGUCCGAGACAAGAGGAAGGACGGCGCCCUCUACCUGUCACAUAGCUAUACACCUGUUUACUUUCUCAUUUAUUUCACUGUCUCUCUCUAGCUGUCUCACUCACUGUAACGUAGCUCCGCCUCCCGGUGCACGACGGCUCGUCUGCGUCCCUCGUCAGCGACACCUCUGUCGAUCGGACAAUUAAUCGGACGGCUUUAUUUUAACACUCUGUCCCGGAGUUUCCCAUAAUGCAACGCUUCCAAGGUUUUCUUCACGUUCGUUUUAUUUGGCGUUGUGAAGGACCAGAAUUACGCUUUUCUUUUUUUUUUCCUUUCUUCUUGUUUUUAAAGUUCGGAUGUUCAUGUUCCUAGUUAAUAUAUCUGAUGGUUAUUUAACUAUUCGCCAUUGUGACGAGUAAUAUUAAAAAAAAAAAAUAAAUAAAAAAAAAAAAAAAGGUACGUGUAGUAGGCAGCAACGGUUUUUAGAAAGGGAACGCAAAGAGUAAGUGCUCGCUUUCCCUUCAUUCACACACACACGUCUACAACCCGAGGAUGAAGAGCUCUAGGAUAGAACAUGGGUUCUAGAUUUCUACAAUGAGGUUUCACCCCCCCCCCCAAUUAAAAACAGUUAAGUUUUAAAUGAGUUUUUUUCUGAAGUGUGCAGGGGAUAAGUAUUAAAACCAUAAUAUCAUACAAAAGUCUGGAAACUUCUGUUUAAGUUUUACAUUGUUUUUUUUUUUCCUUUCUUUUUCAGCCAGAGUCUUUAUUCCUCUUCUUCGCAUCUCACAGUAAAACACAAAAGGAUGACAGGAUGCGAAGUUUUUUCCAUUCUGGAAAAUUACAUUACUGUAUAAUAUUUGUGAAAUGAAACACUGGAUGAGACAUGAAACUACUGCCCCCCCCUUUCUUACCCCAACCCCCCCCAACCCCUAGUGUGGACCAAAUCUACCCCCUUGCUCGUCGAUACACCGUAGGAAUUAUCGAGAAAUCACUAAUCAAUUGCUUUUAAACGUGGGAACUGGAAAAAAGGGGGCGUGGCUUAACGAACGGAUAUUCUUCUCGGAGGCUAUUUUUGCAUUUGUACACAGGAGAGAGCAUGGCGCGUGUUCGUCGCGCGUUUAUCUGCCGCAGCACGGGCACGGUAUUUUUGUAGGUGGAGGCGCCUUGCCUCGACGUGUUUUUGUGACGUUAAAUGUAAGAAGUGGACGUGUCGAUGUACGAUGAAGCCCCUUUUCGUCUGAGAUGGGGGCGGAGUAUCAAAACGAGAACCCGUAACUCGUACUGGCACUUCGGAGUGGUGCGUAAGAAGUCGUAUCGACGUUAAAUCUUUACGUUAAAUCAACUCGGCGAGUAAUAGAACUAAAUAAAGCCACACACUCGAGUCACGUGUGUGUGUGCAUAAAAUGGCAUGUGCCGAUAAUUAGUUACGCAAUAUAUCAUUAUAUUCAGCACACACACAAUACCGUUAUCGUUCGUGAGGGUUUUCUUGGGGGCGGGGCUUGUUUCUACAGAAGAACCUGGAACCGGAAAUAAAAAGCGGAGCAGAUCCAGUGAUUACUAAACGUCAAUAUCCGCACAUGCCUAAAGCACACACUGAUCUGAUUCCAGCCAGUCGGCCUCCUCCGCUCGGUCCGUGGCAAUCGUCGUGACUGGUGCCAUUAUCCAGCUCGACCAUUCGGGUCUGCACGUGAACGAGUGAAGGUCACCGAAAUAACAUCGUCACGUACGCUUGGCCGAUUAGACCACCCCCUGGAGUGCGGGGAAAGUUUUACGGGGACGUUUGACUUUUUUUAGCUUUAAAUUGUCCCGACCUAUCUAUGACUCUCAGCGUAAAAUGUCUUGUGCGUGCGUGUCCUCGUCAUCGUGUGCACGAGGUCAUUUUAAAAAGCAAGUAAGGAAGUGACGAGUUAGAAUUUCAGCACAUCCUUUAAUGGGCUUCGGUUCCUUUGAGUGAGCGUAAUAAAUGUAGGAAAGGUUGUUGUUUGCUUUUUUUUAAAAAAAACAAAACAAAUAAAAACUGCAAAUUUUAUCUCCUGA